AUGCAAGAUGAAAACAGUGUUGCUACCGAACAAAAUUCCAUGGUACAACGUAUUGCACUUGAAGUAAAACGUCGUGAACCGAGCUCAAUUAAUGAACUUGUAUUGGAUAAUUGUGCACGUUGCUAUUCUAUUCAAGGUCUAACAGAUGAAUUUUGUAAUUUACGUGUACUUUCAAUAAUUAAUGUUGGCCUUCAAUCUCUUGCGAAAUUUCCGAAAUUACCUAAACUUCGAAAACUUUAUCUUAGUGAUAAUCGUUUAAGUUCAGGUUUGGAAAAUCUCGAAGGUUGUCCAAAUUUAACAUUACUUAUACUUGCUGGAAAUAAAUUUAAAUCAAUUGAUGAACUUAAACCAUUAACUAAGUUGCCAAAACUAUCAAUCCUUGAUUUAAUGAAUUGUGAAGUAACAUCGGUUGAUGGAUAUCGAGAAACAAUGUUUAAUAUGUUACCACAAUUAAAAUAUCUCGAUAAUGCGGAUAAAGAUGGUGUGGAAAAAGAUAGUGAUGACGAAGAUGAUGAUGAAGAUGAGGAUGAACUUGAAGAAGACAACGAAAAUGGUGCAUCCGAUGGUGAAGACAAUGAAGAAGAAGAUGAUGAAGAUGAAGAGGAUGACAACAAAACUGGUUUAAAAGCAUUGUAUAAUGGAACAUUUGAAGAAGGCGAUGAUGAUGAUGAAGAAAGUUAUGAAGGCAAUAGUGAUGAAGAAGAAGAAUCUGAUGAAGAUGAUGAUUUAUCAGAAGGUGAUGUUUCAGCUGAAUCAAUUGAAAGACCAUCAAAAGGUGAAAAACGUAAACGUGGUGCAAAUGAUCAGCAAGAAAAUGCUAUUGAAAAUAGCAAUGACGAUGAUGAUGGUCCACCACAUAAAAUUUAA